GCACGCGUCGCAAAAGGCGCAUUAUAUAUGCAUGUAAUAUCUAUAGAGACUAGGGGGUAAUGAGAACGUGAUUUAUGGCCAACACCGACGUCAAGUGUUUGUUGAGGACUGUAUGCGUGAGAUGCGCCAGGGUCUGGCGCUAGUAAGCUCGACAGCACCAAACCCGUGGCACGAGAGAUGCGAUUGCAGACGGCUCAGCAGAUAGCAGCCGUGCACGAGGCGCGCAUCCAGCUCGCACGGGUGGCGCAGGCAAUUGGUGCAAAUACUGGCAUGGGCGGCCGGGUGAAAUCGUAGCCAAGCGCAUCGGACCCGCUCGUGUUGGGCGACGGGUAGUGUUGGCGCUCGGUCGGAGGUGUGGCACGUCCUCGCCGAAAAACAGUUGAGAAUUCGAGCUCUCUCCUCCACGGCAUCAGCUUCCCAGCCCGGCCCACCAACUCCGGCCAUCACACAUCCGGCACCGCACUCUUCCUCUCUGCCCCCGAGAGCUCACACUGCAAUGGUCGCCUCCAGGAUCACCCGCCCGGCCGCCCGCCUGCUCGCCGCGUCGCGACCCGCGCUGCGACCGGCGUUCCGCGCUGCUGCCAUCAGCCCGGCGAUUGCGCGCCGCGGCUAUGCGUCAGGCCAGAAGGAGAUGACUGUGCGCGAGGCGCUGAACGAGGCCAUGGCCGAGGAGAUGGAGCGCAAUGACAAGGUCUUCGUGCUGGGAGAGGAGGUUGCGCAGUACAACGGAGCGUACAAGGUCACCAAGGGCCUGCUCGACCGCUUCGGCGAGAAGAGGGUCAUCGACUCGCCCAUCACCGAGUCUGGCUUCGCCGGCCUGACCGUCGGUGCUGCGCUCGCCGGCCUGCACCCCAUUUGCGAGUUCAUGACCUUCAACUUCGCCAUGCAGGCCAUUGACCAGAUCAUCAACUCGGCCGCAAAGACACACUACAUGUCCGGCGGCAUCCAGCCCUGCAACAUCACCUUCCGCGGCCCCAACGGCUUCGCCGCCGGCGUCGGCGCCCAGCACUCCCAGGACUACUCUGCCUGGUACGGCAGCAUCCCCGGCCUCAAGGUCGUCGCCCCCUACAGCGCCGAGGACGCAAAGGGCCUGCUCAAGGCCGCCAUCCGCGACCCCAACCCCGUCGUUGUCCUCGAGAACGAGCUUCUCUACGGCCUCUCCUUCCCCAUGAGCGAAGAAGCCCAGAAAGACGACUUCGUCAUCCCCUUCGGCAAAGCCAAGAUCGAGCGCCCCGGCAAAGACCUCACCAUCGUAACCCUCUCGCGCUGCGUCGGCCAAUCGCUCGUCGCGGCCGAGCAGCUGCAGCAAAAAUACGGCAUCGAGGCCGAAGUCAUCAACCUGCGCUCCAUCAAGCCGCUGGACAUCGAGGCCAUCGUCAAGAGCGUCAAGAAGACCGGCCACAUGCUGUGCGUCGAGUCCGGGUUCCCCAGCUUCGGCGUCGCGUCGGAGAUCAUGGCGCUGACCUGCGAGUACGCGUUCGACUACCUCGAGGCGCCGCCCGCGCGUGUCACCGGUGCUGAGGUCCCGACCCCGUAUGCCCAGGGCCUCGAGGAGAUGAGCUUCCCCCAGGAGAAGACGAUUGUGGAUUACGCUGCGAAGCUGCUGCGCGUUGCAUAA